GGGUGAGCAGGCACCCAUCCUUCCACCACCACCACCUUCUCAUCUCCGGCACUGUCUCUUCUUCAUCUGCCUCCUCCUCGCCCCACCCUCUCCUCUCUUCUCUCUGCCCCUUUAAAUCUGCCUGGUCCAGCCUCCCCUGUGAUGCUGAGAUGGAGCAAACAUUGAUUUGUGCUCAGAUGGAAUCAGAAUUUUGAUUUUUUUCCCUCUCCCAACCACAUAAGAAGAAAAAAAAUAAUAAAAACACCCCCUCUUGCUAGCCCCCUCCCUCUUGCCAGCCCGCUUCCAAGCUCCUCUUUCCUAGCUCCAUCGAAAUCGAAGGCAGAUUUUUUUCCCCCUGCACUAUUCUCAUCUCCUUCCAAGCGGUUCAACUGCCUCGCCCCCCACUCCAUCAGCCUGCUCCUCCAGCUGGAGGGAGACAGAGAGAGAGAGCGAGGCCUCUCUCCCGCGGCUCUCCCACCUCACGGCCUGGGGUGGAGCAGUCUCCGGAAGGGGAGGGGGCUUGGCUCGCCCCAGCGAGGUGGGAGUGGAGGUGUCCUGCCAUGGAUGUUGAGCCUGGGAGGCGGCCUGCGCCCCAGCCCACAUGCCACUCAGGAUGAGGGUCCGGCCUUGCCUGCCCGCGCUGGGCGCCCUCCGCCCGGCCCCGGUCUAGCUGCUCCCGCCCCCAGGCCUCACCCGUCUCCCAGGCCCCCAGCCGGCUUCUCCAGCCCCAGGAUGCGCUGAGCCACAGGGGUGGGACUGAGGCCGCGCCAACUACAUGCAUGUCCCCCGGGGGCAAGUUCGACUUUGACGACGGGGGCUGCUACGUGGGGGGCUGGGAGGCGGGGCGGGCACAUGGCUACGGCGUGUGCACGGGGCCCGGCGCCCAGGGCGAGUACAGCGGCUGCUGGGCGCACGGCUUCGAGUCGUUGGGCGUCUUCACCGGGCCCGGCGGACACAGCUACCAGGGCCACUGGCACCAGGGCAAGCGUGAAGGGCUGGGCGUGGAGCGCAAGAGCCGCUGGACGUACCGCGGCGAGUGGCUGGGCGGGCUGAAGGGACGCAGCGGCGUGUGGGAGAGCGUGUCCGGCCUGCGCUACGCCGGCCUCUGGAAGGACGGCUUUCAGGACGGUUACGGCACCGAGACCUACUCGGACGGAGGCACCUACCAGGGUCAGUGGCAGGCUGGGAAGCGCCACGGGUACGGGGUACGCCAGAGCGUGCCCUACCAUCAGGCGGCGCUGCUGCGUUCGCCCCGACGUACCUCCCUGGACUCGGGCCACAGCGACCCCCCGACGCCGCCCCCGCCCCUGCCCCUGCCGGGCGACGAGGGAGGCAGCCCCGCAACGGGCUCCCGAGGCGGCUUUGUGCUAGCCGGGCCCGGGGACGCCGACGGGGCGUCCUCCCGAAAGCGCACCCCGGCAGCCGGCGGAUUCUUCCGUCGCUCGCUGCUGCUCAGCGGGCUCCGGGCAGGCGGGCGCCGCAGCUCCCUGGGCAGCAAGCGAGGCUCCCUGCGCAGCGAGGUGAGCAGCGAAGUGGGCAGCACGGGACCCCCGGGCUCCGAGGCCAGUGGGCCGCCGGCGCCUGCGCCGCCAGCCCUCAUCGAGGGCUCUGCCACUGAAGUGUAUGCGGGCGAGUGGCGUGCUGACCGGCGAAGUGGCUAUGGUGUGAGCCAGCGCUCCAACGGGCUGCGCUACGAGGGCGAGUGGCUGGGCAACCGGCGGCACGGCUACGGGCGUACUACCCGCCCCGACGGCUCCCGCGAGGAGGGCAAGUACAAGCGCAACCGGCUGGUGCACGGAGGGCGCGUCCGCAGCCUCCUGCCUCUGGCCCUCCGACGGGGCAAAGUCAAGGAGAAGGUGGACAGGGCUGUCGAGGGUGCCCGUCGAGCCGUGAGUGCUGCCCGGCAGCGCCAGGAGAUCGCCGCUGCCAGGGCAGCAGACGCCCUCCUAAAAGCAGUGGCAGCAAGCAGCGUUGCUGAAAAGGCCACCGAGGCAGCGCGAAUGGCCAAGCUGAUAGCCCAGGACCUGCAACCCAUGCUGGAAGCCCCAGGCCGCAGACCCAGGCAGGACUCAGAAGGUUCUGACACGGAGCCCUUGGAUGAGGACAGCCCCGGGGUAUACGAAAAUGGACUGACCCCCUCCGAGGGCUCCCCUGAACUGCCCAGCAGUCCAGCCUCCUCCCGUCCACCCUGGCGACCCCCCACCUGCCGAAGCCCACUGCCUCCCGGAAGGGACUGGGGUCCCUUCUCUGGCCCCAAAGCUUGGCCCGAGGAAUGGGGGGGGCCUGGGGAGCAGGCAGAGGAACUCGCUGGCUAUGAGGCUGAGGACGAGGCCGGGCUGCAGGGGCCUGGGCCUAGAGACGGCUCCCCCCUACUCGGAGGCUGCAGUGACAGUUCGGGAAGUCUUCGGGAGGAGGAGGGGGAGGACGAAGAACCCCUGCCCCAGAUGAGAGUUCCAAGAGACUUGGAGCCUGAGCCUGUGAUCACGCCGGUCCUGAGGGGCCCACCCACUGCUGGGUGCCUGCCGGAAGAGCUCGAAGAGCCUGCUGCCACCGAGAGGCCUGCACAGCCGGGAGCUGCCAACCCCCUGGUGGUGGGCGCCGUGGCCCUCCUGGACCUCAGCUUGGCAUUCCUGUUCUCCCAGCUCCUCACCUGAGCCUACUUCCUGGCCUGGUUCUGGCUUCCGUUGCCUGCCUCCUCACCCCUGUGACCUGCCUUUCUUCUCUUUCCCUCCUCUUGGUUGAUUUUCCCCCCUCUCCUCCUGUCCUUCCUCCUCUUUCUUUCUCUUUGUCUCUUGCUUUCUUUUCUCAGAUUUUCUCAUUUACUUCUGGCUCUGUCUCUGUGUCCCUCGCUCCCUCCCCGUCCCAACAACCCCUCCUUUCUCUAGAUUGUUUACAUAUGAAGGGCUUUUCUCUCUCUCAGAGCUGCUCUCUUCUCUGAGACACACAACUCUAAGUCAGACCAUCGCCCCCACACCCUCCCCGCCUUUUCUUCAGACCCAAAUUUCACUGAGGGUGGGGGUUUGGUGUCCUAAGGAGUCUCCUGGAAGUUGAAUGUCGAGGAGGGAGACGAGAAGGGCUGAGGCUCCCUGGGAUUCCACCUCUCACCUCUAAGCCCUGAGCUCUAACUCGAUCCUCCCCUGGAGGAAACAGGGGGCUGAGCAUAUAACAGCUACCCGUGGCUCCUUCUGGCUCCCCUCCACAGCCAGCCCACCAGCCCCUCCUCCGGCCCCUACCAUGGCACGAAAGCAAUGCAGAAAGGAACAAAAUCCUCAAGUCCACCCAUCCUCAAACUCUGCCCUAUGACCUCUCCCACCCUUCUGUGUCCCCCUAAAAGCCUAUUUGGUUGGUCUGGACUCACUUGUGGCCUUUGAUUAAAUUCCUAAGGGGCCUGAAGAAGACAUUUAUAGCAUUAGAGGGUUAAAAGGGGCACACAAAGGAGCAAGGACCCCAUUCCCCAACAUCAGGCAAUGGUGGCAAGUUUGGGGAAGGGCACUCCUGGGAACUAGAAUCAGGCAGGAAAGCAGGUGCUUGCGGGUGAGCAGAAGCAGGGACAACUAAGCCGUCUCUGGCUGGAAUCUGUCUCCAUCCCCAUCACUCAGAGUCUUAUGAAGUGGGGAGACCAGGGGAUGACCUGAGAGAACCACCUCUCACACACCUUCCGUUGCAGGGCCCAGGCAGGAGCUAGGUCCCCGUGAGAGGUGGGGAGAGAAGCCCUGGAGAAGUUGUGGCUAAUCCCUGGUACGAACCUCCCCCCUUGGGAGAAGGAAGCCCUAGGAAGCAGGGUCUGAGGGUCCCCAGGGGUUCUUUCCUCCCUCCCCUGCAUGAGGCAGAGGCAAGCUGCCUGCCAAUCCCCCUCCCUCCAGGAAUGGCCUUGCCCGGGAAUGCCCACCACACACACACACACACACACACACACACACACCCUCUUCUUCUUUUCUAGUCAAACUGUUUACUCCUUGGCCUGACUCCCUCCUUCCUCCCCUCUCAACCUCUACUUCUGAUUUCUAUUUCAUGGAAUUUGGGAUUGAAGUUAUACAACAGUGCCGCCAACAACAAGUCUUGCAGG